AUGAAGCAAACUUGUCAGAGGUUUCCUAGGUCAUCAUCGGGAAGAUUUGGUGUGGAUUUGCAGAUUUCUGGUGGUGGAUUAAGCACUUUGCACGAUCUUGUGCGAGUUGUCACUGCAUCUCCAAACAAGCAUGCGUUGGUCAAAGAUACGUGCCAAACUGCAACGACGUUGAAUGAUCCACUUGAUACUUAUUGCGGUCUUGAAUACGGACGCGGACUCGAUCAUCCCGAUGUACUCUGUCAAGUUGCGCAAGAUUUACUAUUCACUGUCAUUGCACAGGGCCAAACAAUCAUUCAGCACGCCUCAGUGUCAUCCCUUCCCCAAUCCAAGCAAGAUCUGAUGGAGUUUGCCAAGGAUUUAGUCGAGUGUGCAGUUCCAUUGGGAUUUUAUCCAGGAUUACGCAGUUCCAAAGUAUUGACCCAGUCCGAUGCAUUUCAUACUGGUGGUGCACCGCAUCAUAUCCGUCAGCCUUCCAAGCUAGCAUUCACAUUGGCGUCACAGUGCGGACAUUUUAAUCUUAUUGCAGAUUUGCUGGAUGCGGGACUAGACGACCAUGCGUCGAUGGAUGGAGCCAUCAUGGGUGGACAUGUACACAUUGCAAAAAUAAUUCUUGAUCAUCACGAUGGUCGUAUUCUUUUAGAUGCAUCAUCAGUCAACAAAGCGCUUGCAGUGGGUACAGUGGAGGUUGUGUGGUGGUUGAUUGCGGACCAUCAAGAAUCUAUACGGACACAUAAAGCAUUUCGAGAUAUCCAAGAUAUGUGUGCGACUCAUGGCCAGUUAAAUAUGCUUCAAUACGUUGUACAUCAUCGAAUAGGUCACUCAUUAACACAUGCAGCAAUGGAUGGCGCGGCUGCAAAUGGGCAUAUCAAUGUUGUUGAAUGGAUUCAUGUGCAAAGCGAAACUGGAUGCAUUGAAUCGCUAUCCAUGGCUGCUGCAAGUUGCAAUGCUAUGGAUGAUGCUGCUGCCAAUGGACACCUCGACAUUGUCAAGUUUCUUCAUUACAAUCGCGUUGAAGGAUGCACGGUUCGAGCCAUGGACAAGUCUGCAGCUCAGGGACAGCUUGAUAUUGUCAUGUUUCUUCAUGCAUAUCGUAAAGAAGGAUGUACACAUUUAGCUUUUGAUGGAGCAGCCUCAAAUGGACAUUUAGAAGUUGUUAUAUUUCUCCACAACCAUCGCAGCGAGGCGUGUACAACUAAAGCCAUGGAUAGCGCAUCAAUGAAUGGACACCUUUCUGUCAUGAUGUUUUUGCAUGAUCUACGAGAUGAAGGAGGUACAAUUGCUGCAAUGCAUAGCGCAUCAGCUCUAGGCCAUCUUGAAAUUUUCAUAUGGCUAUGGGAUUCGACGGAAUAUCCCAUACCUCAAGUAAAAGACAUGCAUACAUCAGCAGCAAACGGUCAUUUUUUUAUUGUCGAGCAGUUUGCUAUGCGUUCAGACGAAGAUUUAAUGCCAUUGUUAAGCCCUGCAUUGUGCAACGGACAUUUGUUUUUGGCUCAGUGGAUUAUGAGCAAAGGACGAGGAAUUUUGAGUUUAGAUAUGAUGGAUGUCUGGGCCCGACAACGGUUUCCUGAAUGCGCGGAUUGGCUUUGCGCGAUGAUAAGUAAUCAAUAUCAGGGUUUAGAUUGGAAAUACAAGGUACAAAAUAAUAGCCACGAUGCCAUAAACAAUAAUGGUGUCAUACACAAGCGACUAUGGAGAACGAUUAGCCAGUCCUUUGAUUCAAAUGCAAUCGGAAAUGCCAUUCUUAAAUCAUUAUCAUGGAAAUAA